UCACUGAGCAUCUCUUUUUAAUUUUGGUUUUGUUUUCCAAACAGGAUCUUAUAGAAAAUGUAGUGGCUGUUGCUGAAAACACCGCUGAUGAGCUAGCCCGCAGUGACGGGAGGGAAGUACAGUUGGAGGAGGAUCCUGACCUGCAGCUGCCUUUUCUUUUGCCAGAAGAUGGCUAUUCUUGUGAUGUUGUCAGAAACAUUCCAAAUGGUUUACAAGAAUUUUUAGACCCUCUGUGCCAGAGAGGAUUUUGCAGGUUAAUUCCUCACACACGUUCACCUGGUACUUGGACAAUAUAUUUUGAAGGUGCGGAUUAUGAGAGUCACCUCAUGCGUGAGAACACAGAACUGGCUCAUCCUCUGAGGAAAGAACCUGAAAUAAUCACUGUGACCCUAAAGAAGCAGAAUGGAAUGGGCCUCAGCAUUGUGGCCGCAAAGGGUGCUGGUCAGGAUAAACUGGGAAUCUAUGUCAAGUCUGUUGUGAAAGGAGGAGCUGCAGAUGUGGAUGGACGACUAGCUGCAGGUGAUCAGCUCCUCAGUGUAGAUGGACGGAGUCUGGUCGGACUCUCUCAGGAAAGGGCAGCAGAACUCAUGACAAGAACAAGUUCUGUGGUGACACUCGAAGUAGCAAAGCAAGGUGCCAUCUACCACGGUCUGGCCACCCUCCUCAACCAGCCGUCGCCCAUGAUGCAGAGAAUUUCAGAUCGUCGUGGCUCAGGUAAACCCCGACCAAAAAGUGAAGGUUUUGAACUCUAUAACAGUUCAGCUCAAAAUGGGUCACCCGAGAGUCCUCAGCUGCCUUGGGCAGAGUAUAGUGAACCAAAGAAAUUGCCUGGUGAUGACAGACUUAUGAAAAAUAGAGCUGAUCACCGCUCCAGCCCCAACGUAGCAAAUCAGCCUCCUAGUCCUGGAGGAAAAAGUGCAUAUGCCACAGGAACAACAGCGAAGAUAACCUCUGUCUCCACUGGAAACCUCUGCACUGAGGAGCAGAGCCCUCCACCUAGACCUGAAGCCUACCCCAUCCCCACUCAAACGUACACCAGAGAAUAUUUUACCUUUCCAGCUUCCAAAUCCCAGGAUCGGAUGGUUCCUGUUCAGAACCAGUGGCCAAAUUAUGAGGAAAAGCCACAUAUGCACAUGGAUAGUAAUCAUUCCAGUAUUGCAAUGCAGCGUGUUACCCGUUCCCAAGAAGAACUUCGAGAAGAUAAAGCUUAUCAACUUGAGCGGCAUCAAAUAGAGGCAGUUAUAGAUCGAAAGUCUGAUAGUGAUAUGUGGAUAAACCAGAGCUCCUCGGUGGAAUCUAGUACAUCUAGCCAGGAGCACCUGAACCACUCCUCUAAGUCAGUCACCCCUGCUUCCACUCUGACCAAAAGCGGCCCUGGCCGCUGGAAGACACCAGCAGCUGUGCCACCCACACCUGUGGCUGUGUCCCAGCCCAUUCGAACAGAUCUGCCUCCACCACCCCCUCCACCUCCAGCCCACUAUGCCAGUGAUUUUGAUGGAAUUCCGAUGGACUUGCCUCUCCCACCCCCUCCUUCUGCCAGCCAGGUAGGACCACAGUCUGCUCAGGUGGCUGCUGCAGAAAGGAAGAAGAGAGAAGAACAUCAGCGGUGGUAUGAGAAGGAGAAGGCCCGACUGGAAGAGGAGCGAGAGAGAAAGCGGAGAGAGCAGGAGAAGAAGUUGGGUCAGAUGCGCACUCAGUCCCUAAACCCUGCUCCAUUCUCUCCCCUGACGACACAGCAGAUGAAGCCAGAAAAGCCUUCCACGCUCCAGCGGCCCCAAGAAACAGUCAUUCGGGAACUUCAGCCCCAGCAGCAGCCCCGCACCAUUGAGCGCAGAGACCUGCAGUACAUCACAGUCAGCAAGGAGGAGCUCUCCUCCGGGGACAGUCUAUCUCCAGACCCGUGGAAGCGGGACGCCAAGGAGAAGCUGGAGAAGCAGCAGCAGAUGCACAUUGUGGAUAUGCUGAGCAAGGAGAUCCAGGAGCUGCAGAGCAAACCGGACCGCACCGCUGAGGAGAACGACCGCCUGCGGAAACUGAUGCUGGAGUGGCAGUUCCAGAAGAGACUCCAGGAAUCCAAGCAGAAGGACGAGGACGAUGAGGAGGAGGAAGACGAUGACGUGGACACCAUGCUGAUCAUGCAGCGCCUCGAGGCUGAACGAAGAGCAAGGCAGACUGCUGUGCCAGCAAUCUCUGUUCUAGAUUUGUUGCAGGAUGAGGAGCGGCGACGGCAGCAGCAGCUGGAAGAGAUGCGUAAGCGGGAAGCGGAAGACCGAGCCCGGCAGGAGGAGGAGCGACGCCGGCAGGAGGAGGAGCGGGUGAAGCGAGAUGCUGAAGAAAAGAGGCGACAGGAAGAGGGGUAUUACAGCCGCCUGGAAGCUGAGAGGCGCAGACAGCACGACGAGGCGGCGCGCAGGUUGUUGGAGCCCGAGGAGCCCAGUCUGUGCCGACCUCCACUCCCGCGGGACUACGAACCCCCAUCCCCGCCCCCUGCACCCGGCGCCCCUCCUCCCCCACCUCAGCGAAAUGCCUCCUACCUCAAAACACAGGUCCUCUCCCCUGACUCGCUGUUCACUGCCAAGUUUGUUGCAUACAACGAGGAGGAGGAAGAGGAGGAGGAGGACUGCGGCCCAGCAGGACCAAACCCUUACACGGUAUCUACUGGAACAGUUAUCGGAGCCCAUGAAGCUUAUCGGGAUGCAAGAGAGAAAUGCUCUAAAAGGUAUUUACAGUUGUGCUGGACUGGUAACAUCAUCUAUAACUGAUGACUUUUUCCAUUUCUCAUGGCGUUUUUAAAUUGUAUAAGGCUGGGUUGAAAUUUCAAAGACUUCAUUCUCAGCUCAGAUGUUUCCCAUUGUACAAAAUCAGGUGAGCAUAUAGGCUUCUUAAACUUUUUGUUGCUGAUAUAGUUUUAGAUGGCAGUGUAGGCAACUGGCUUUCCAGUCAGAACGUUUGCUUCCACCAGCGGAGGUGGAGCCCUAGGGCAGCGUCCCAGGAUCUUGCUGUAUUACGUAGGCCAGCCCUGAUGGCACACAGAAGAUAAAUAGGCUGCAUGUCCUCACAGAGCCGCCUCCCCUGGAUCUUAGUUAGAAAUGCUGUUGUUCUAACUAGUCUUAAAACACUGAAGUUGAACUAUUCAGAAAAGUCUGCAGUACCAUCCUGUAGCUUAUUAAAUUAGAUGUAUUUCUAGAUGCCUUUCAGAUACAUGUAAGAUUCACUAAAAUGCUAUAUUUCAUAGCUGUACUCCUUUAGUGAAAUUUGUUUAGGUGGUAAGAACUACCUGCUUGCUAAAAUUUAACUCAUUUGUUUUUUGAGAGGUGAAUAUGACUAGGUAAAGUUAACAUUUUAAUAAGGAGAACAUUUUGCCGUUUUUUCUGCAUGGGUUUAAAUAUAGCCUCAAUAAUUUUAAUUAUAGGAAAUGUUAUAACAAAAUUUAUCAAAGAAUGAGUCUCUGUCACUGAAAGUUUUAAUUAAUUGCUCAUUAUGCAAAUUUACCUAAUUGUUGAUGAGUUAUUUCUAUUUGACUAGUAAUCUUUUCUUUCCCUCUUCUGCAGCCAAGAUAUAGAUUUACCUGGAAAUUCUGGAGCCCCUGAAAACUUGACAUUCAAAGAGCGCCAGCGUCUUUUU